GGAGAAGGAGAGAGCGCACGAAGAGAAAAGCAGAGCUUAGUGGCAAGGCAGCAGCGCCGCUGACACGAGUGAAGGGACCCCGUGGCUGUUUCCACCACCCCGCUCUUCUCUCAGCUUAACCUGCGCCUUCUCACACGGACUUCGACAUCGGGACUAGAGGCUGUAAACCCACCGACCUUUCGCUUUUUGUGGACUCGUUAGAUUAAUCAGCAGAUACCUGAGGUGGAAGUGGGGGGGUUCUCAUUUCCCCCACCGUGGACCCGAGGAGUUGUGUGCGUGUUUAUGUGUUUUACGCGUUGCUUGAAAUGGGGAAAAGUGGACAGAGAAGUGGAAUAGGACACGGGGCUUGCAGCUUGGUGAGGAUGUGCGCCACACCGGGGAUCCUGCUUCUCCUGGUGCUCGUACAUAGAGGAGUCGCUCAAGUGAGAGAUGAUGAUGAUUUCCUGAGUCUGAGCGAACUCCCGGAAACCUUCCCCUCCGACCCUCCAGAGCCCUUACCUCACUUCCUGUUUGAACCCGAGGAAGGCUACAUUGUCAAGAAUAAACCUGUCAAUCUGUACUGCAAAGCAACGCCUGCCACGCAGAUUUACUUCAAGUGCAACAGCGAGUGGGUCCAUCAGAAAGACCACACUGUGGAGGAAAGAGUGGACGAAAACUCAGGUUUGGUUGUAAGAGAAGCCAGUAUAGAAAUAACACGGCAGCAGGUUGAGGAGUUGUUUGGUCCUGAAGAUUACUGGUGCCAGUGCGUGGCCUGGAGCUCUGCUGGAACCACCAAAAGCCGGAAGGCACACGUACGCAUUGCAUACCUGAAGAAGUCAUUUGAACAGGAACCCCUGGGAAAGGAAGUAUCUCUGGAGCAGGAAGUGCUGUUACAGUGCCGCCCUCCGGAGGGCAUACCAGCUGCUGAGGUGGAAUGGUUGAAGAAUGAAGAGAUAAUUGACCCAGCAGAGGACAGAAACUUCUACAUCACUAUUGACCACAACCUGAUCAUCAAACAGGCACGUCUGUCAGACACAGCCAACUACACAUGUGUGGCCAAAAACAUUGUGGCCAAAAGACGAAGCACCACAGCAACUGUCAUUGUUUAUGUGAAUGGUGGAUGGUCAACAUGGACAGAGUGGUCGGUGUGUAACAGUCGUUGUGGACGAGGCUUCCAAAAAAGAACCCGCAGCUGCACCAACCCCGCCCCUCUUAAUGGAGGACUGCCUUGUGAUGGACAGGCCAUACAGAAACUGCCCUGUACCACACUGUGCACUGUUGACGGUGUGUGGACAGAUUGGAGUAAGUGGUCAGCGUGUGGGACAGAGUGUACCCAGUGGAGGAGAAGGGAAUGCAACAACCCAGCACCUAAAAACGGAGGAAAGGACUGCGAGGGGCUGGUGCUCCAGUCUCAGAACUGUACCGACGGACUCUGUAUGCAAAGUUCAUUGUUUCAGAAGUCCACUGAGCCCAAAGAAACGAAUGAUUUGGGAAUCCCAUCUGCUCCAAGUACAGAUGAUGUGGCGCUCUACGUGGGCAUUGUCAUCGCAGUGAUUAUGUGCCUGGUCAUCUCUGUCAUCGUGGCGCUCUUUGUCUACCGCAAGACACACCGUGACUUCGACUCAGACAUCAUUGACACCUCCGCACUAAACGGAGGCUUCCAGUCUGUUAAUAUCAAAACAGCCAGAUCAGCUGAUCUAUUGACAGCUCCUCCUGACUUGACAAAUGCAGCUGCCAUGUAUCGUGGUCCAGUGUAUGCCCUCCAUGAUGUGUCAGAUAAAAUCCCAAUGACCAACUCUCCUCUGCUGGAUCCUCUUCCUAACUUGAAGAUCAAAGUGUACAACUCCUCUGGUCUGGUUACACCACAGGACGACCUCGGAGGAGACUUUACAUCCAAACUGUCUCCUAAGGUUACUCAGUCUCUGUUGGAUAAUAGCGACACCAUGAAUCUUCGCAACCAGAGCCUGGCCCGGACACGAGACCCCUCAUGUACCGCUCACGGAUCCUUCAACAACCAAGGGGGACACCUCAUCGUACCCAACUCUGGUGUGAGUUUGUUGGUUCCAGCGGGUGCUGUUCCUCAGGGUAGGGUGUACGAGAUGUAUGUGACCGUGCACAGGAAGGACAGCUUGAGACCCCCGGUAGAGGACAUCCAGACAGUGCUGAGCCCAGUGGUGAGUUGUGGACCUCCAGGAGCCCUGCUGACCAGACCAGUGAUCCUCACCAUCCACCACUGUGCUGACAAUGUCCAGGAAGACUGGCUGAUACAGCUCAAGAACCAACUGGCAAUGGGAGAGUGGGAGGAUGUGGUUGUAGUGGGAGAGGAAAACUUCACCACCCCCUGCUAUGUGCAGAUGGACUCGGAGGCAUGUCACAUCUUAACAGAGACACUGGGGACUUACUGCCUGGUGGGCCAGUCAAUCUGCAAGGCAGCCGCCAAAAGGCUCAAACUGGCUGUUUUUGGACCCGUAUCCUGCACAACUUUGGACUAUCACAUCAGGGUCUAUUGUCUUGAUGACACACAGGAUGCACUCAAGGAGGUUCUUCAGAUGGAGACCCAGAUGGGAGGGAAGCUUCUGGAUGAGCCAAAGACUCUGAAUUUUAAAGACAGCACACACAAUCUGAGACUGUCAAUCCAUGAUGUGCCACACACACACUGGAAGAGCAAACUCAUUGCAAAGUAUCAGGAGAUCCCAUUCUACCAGGUGUGGAGUGGUAGUCAGAGAACUCUUCACUGUACCUUCACCCUGGAGAGACUGAGCCCAGCCACCACAGAGAUCAGCUGCAAACUGUGUGUACGGCAGGUGGAAGGAGAAGGACAGAUCUUUCAGCUCAGCAACACAUUGGAGGAGGAGGUCCAAUGCAUAGAUACGUCCCUGAUGGACCCUGCCAGUAAUAUCACAACCUUAGUGGGACCCAAUGCCUUCCGCAUUCCUUUAUCCAUCAGACAGAAGCUGUGUGGCAGUCUAGAUGCACCACAGACCAGAGGCAAUGACUGGAGGAUGCUGGCCCACAAACUCAACCUUGACAGGUACCUGAACUACUUUGCCACUAAGUCCAGUCCAACAGGCGUGAUCCUGGAUCUCUGGGAGGCCCAGCACUUCCCCGAGGGAGACCUAAAUGAACUGGCUGCUGUGCUGGAAGAGAUGGGUCGCCAUGAUGGUAACUUUGCCUCCAUGACAACAGAACACUGACGAGGCAAAAUGGUCCCCAUGACAAUGACAGAACUUUGGUGUGAAUUACAAGUGAAUUCUCUACAGUUGAUGCUGCAGCAAGGACAAUGAACAAAUUAGAUGCGGGCAAAAGAAAAGUUGUCACCAUGGUGAUUGAGCACUGGUUAAAUACCAUGGCAAUCCUGCCGACUUGGUAAUGGACGAGAAAUGCUCGAGCUGGUGCUAAAAACUAUGUGCUUAUCUUUGUGUGUUUAUUUGAACAACGUUGCAGUGUUGUGUGUUACCGAAAGAGACAUAACCCAACCUACAACGCAAACAGUCUAUCAGGAACAAACAAAACAUACACAUGCCUAAAAAAAGACCUUGUUUGGUGUACAACACUAGUUGUUCUCUUGCUGUUUCUUUAUACUGAGCAAAGAGAAGCAGAGAAAAUAAGCAACAGAGGUGCUGACCUUGAAAACCUCUACAGGAAUUGAACAGAAUCAUAAAGGGAGAGAAGCUAAAAUGAUUACAAAAGAGUUGGAGAAAGCAGAGUAAGGAAAAAGAGAGAGUGAGAUCAUCUGUGAGAACAGAAUGGAAAACAGAUAAUGAAAGAGGGUAGAUAAAGACAUGAUCCCUCACUUGUCCUGCGAGCCUUGGCUGUACGUGUUUUGCCAGUACAGUUUGUUGUCUUUAUAUCGUUUCCUAGGGAACGCUCUAUGUAUUCUGCUGUCCAUAUGUGUGGAUCAUUUCCCGCCAACAGAAUUUGCUACAUGGUGACCGUCAAUCAAAGGGGUCUGACCAGAAACAAGCCCGAGACUACAGGUUUCUUCUUUUUUAGCUGAUGUGAGGUUUAAAUUUGUGUUUUAUUUAGAAUGAAGCUUGUGGCUUUCCUCUAAAAUGCCUGAAGAUAUUAAAUCAUCAUGACCACAGGGAGUCCAGAAGACAGGCAUGAAAUUGUUAUGAAUUUGUCUGUUUUGAGGUAUAUUUGCACUUAUGAUAAACAGAUAAGGAGGGCAGAGAUGCAGACUGUCCAGACUGUCAGUCAUUCCCACUAAGUUAGCCUUAACUAAUUUUAAAAUUGUUAGAGGUUUCACCGCAACAUCCAAACAAGGAUGAGCUACAAAUGCAUCCUUUAACUACAAUUGAGCAUUUUUUUUGUUUUUGUUUUUGUUUUUUUGCUGCUGCUGCUCCGUUCCUCCACAAAAAGAACUUGUUUGGAUGGAGUUGUAGUACAGACAUAGACUCAAUGCAGGGUGGGAAAUUCAAGCCAUGGCUACCACAUUUGGUUAACCACAACCUCUAAUUCAGGAGUCUGUCUUAAGGACUGCUGGGGCUUGUUUCUGGACAGAGUCCAACUCAGAGAGCAGAGUGAGAAAGCAAAAGGGGAUGAUCUAGAGGUGAAGACACAAAUGUUUUUAAAUACAGUACUAUACAAACUACCAUAGUAAUAUGUGAUAGUGAGUUAAAUACAGCUGAUAUCAUUCAUUACCGCUAAAUGUACACAAUAUACUAAUUUUAUCAAUCAUAUUUUAAUUUACUAAAAUAUAUAUAGCCUACAUAUAUAUUCUAUAUUUCUGUCAUAUUUUCAGUGUCUCAUCAUCAAGGGUGUCAGUUGUGUUAUCUGCCAUCAGGCCACAUGUGAUUUCAUUUGUGAUCACCAUGACUUGAUCAUGGUCACUAGCACCAUCCAGUGGCUUUUGAAGA